AUGCUGAUCCUUAUAUUUGGCACCUUCAUUGGUCUCAUUGCCCUAGCUGGUACCUUCAUGUACGUCAUUAUCAUGGGCCCGUCUAGGUAUCACCGCGACGGCGUCGUCGGCAAGCUCCACCGCCUCCUCACCAGCGUCCCGCUGACCGUGGGCGGGUUCUGUGUGAGCUGCUGCUACGGCUGUGAUCAGCGCAAGGGCCGGCUGUGCUGCAGCCGUUGUGCAAAACGCACGAUCCACGAGCGUAACUGGUUCAUGGUCAUCUUUUAUAUUGGCCUCGUGUGGACGGUGGAGGGGCUGUACCUGCUCAUCUCCCUCCCGCGGCUCAAGGCAUCCAUCAUGUCGAAGGCGGUGUCGUGGGUUCUCGUCCUGCUCUCCGAGUUCCUGUGGACCUGCGCCACUUUCUCCGACCCGGGCACCGUGACGGCGGAAGCCGAUAAGGCGGCGCAGCGGCAGCAAUUUUCGGCCAAAGCCGCCACCAGCGCCAAGAAGAGACUCCUGCCGCGUGAAACGCCAAACCGCGGCGCUGGUAUCGCCGGUCAGGGCAAGACACCAGGCAACUCCAAAGUCCGCCGGUCCUUUCUUUUCUCACCCGCCGAGGAGUUUGUGCUGAACCACCGGUACAUUGUGGACGGCAUGGUGUACGCCAUCGCCUCCGAUGACGCGACCGCGCAGCUCACGAAGGUGCAAAAGGAAUACACGAGCCCGACGAUGGGGCACCCCGUCCAGCUCGGCCAGACCUGCAUCACCUGCCAUGUUUCUCGACCCAGCCGCAGCAAGCACUGCCGCCUGUGUCAUCGGUGCGUGCGCCGGUACGAUCACCACUGCCCCUGGAUCAACAACGACGUGGCAGAGCGGACAACGCGCUAUUUCCUCGGUUUUCUUCUGUGCCACGCCAUGUCCUGCACUUGGGCCUGCGUCGACCUCUUCCGCAACAUUCGCCAGUUUCUCAUAACACAUCACGCGUGGGGGUGGGUGCUGCGAUACCCGAACGGUCACACCGUGCCGCUGAGCCUCUCCCAGUACCUGAUGAUCCUCAUCAACUUCCACUUGCUCGAGGCGUGUCUCCUCUUCUUCGCAUUCUUCAUCGGCCUCGUGCUGUACGGGUUCUGGGUCUAUCAGAUGACCUUUGCGGUGGCGAACCUGACAGUCAACGACCUCAACAAGAUCGACGACACAGUGGAGUUUGUGGUGACGCUCCCGACGCUGGAUUUGGUAUACCGUGAGUCACGAAAGGUGCGCGAGCGCCUCGAACAGGUAGCCGAGCGUAAGCCGAAGGCCCUUCUGGCGCUUACGGAGCCCCCGCCACCCAAGUCAGAACCCGGGUACGAGGAGGGCGGGAAGGAGAACCUGGCGUACCGCAAGCGUGUUAAGAAGAUGCUCACGGAGGACCUGAAAGGGUUGUACGACCGCGGCGUUUGGCGGAACUUGAUGGAGAUCCUCUUGCCUUCCGCGCCGCUGCGCGACUCGGCUGUCCUUGCCAAGGCCACGGCCUGUGUACUGUAG